GCAAGCGCAAGCGAGGCGUGCGAAGCCUGCGAGUGUUACGCAGACUGGCAGGCUUAUCCAAGCUGCUCGUAACACCUCGUUUGAUUUGAUAACGACUAGCGUACAAACGUGAAAGAGCUGGGCCAGCGGGCUUGCGAAACCGCAGAAAUCCCUGGUUUAGGAAGAGCGAGAUAAACAAACAGCUCUUGGGAAAGCCAUAUAGGAGGGGCAGACGGCGGACAGUAUUUAGGGCUUUUGAGGCGCCGCGCUGUUUCCUCCAGCUGAAAGAUUGAUUUACCUACGUUACUGCUCCAGUUCGAGUUCAAAUCAAUCCAUCGAGACCGAAGACGAUACAGACUACGACUUCCUACCUACAAGCCUACAUAAGCCUACAUAAGCCUACAUAUCUACGCCCGCCAAAGCUCAGCUUGCAUAUGCUAGAUUCGACGCCUUCUUCUUACUUGGCUCUUUGAGUCUUUGUCAGGCAACCCGCGCCCGCGAAACCGGAUUCAGCUCCAGAUUUCCCGGGAAUACCAAGGCCCGAUCCGUUGUCUCAAUAUCACAAGCUUCAAGCCGCAGCAAUACCUGCCUUACUGUCGAGCAACAUUAGGGGGAAACCAGCAAAAGAAAGAGAUCUUGAUCGAAGAGAACCAAGACGGGACGGAAAUUAGAGCAAAACGCCAUCAUUCUUUCACAAAGGACGGAAACACCCGGUCCUAUCUGAACACAGCUCCCCCGCGAUCUACCUACCUUACUAGACGACUCUUAUAACACCCCCCAACCCGCAGAUCCUGCCUUGUUCCCCCCCGAAAAGUCGACUCAAUGAGAAUCCCUCGACUCGCAAAGAUGCAGGCGGAACAGCAACAGCAAUCUUCCUCCCCGUCCCCGGCCGCCACGCCGCUCCCGAUCCUCUACGCAGAAGACACCCCCUUCUCGGAAUACUCCACCGCAGUCUGGGGCCGCGUCUUCAACGCCCGCCGCGACUUCUCCCGGCGCCCGGCCGCCGUCGUCACCGCCACGCGCAAAGCCCACGUCGUCGAGGCCGUGAAAAUCGCAAACGAAAAGGGGUGGCGCGUGAGCGUUCGCUCGGGGGGCCACUCGUGGGCCGCAUGGUCUGUUCGCGAUGAGGCGCUACUGAUUGAUUUGGGGAGUAUGGGCAAAGGUGUUGCGGGCAGCGGCAACGAGGAUGGCAUCGCGUAUGAUUCCAAGACGGGAAUUGUGAGUGUUGCGCCGGCGAGGACGGGGAGGGAGGUGAACGGGUUCUUGGCUGGGCAGAUUGGCGGGCCUGGAGAUGAUAGUAUUGAGGGGAUGGGAAGGUUCUUCCCUGGUGGUCAUUGUCCUGACGUUGGGCUCGGUGGGUUCUUGUUGCAGGGUGGUAUGGGGUGGAAUUGCAAGAACUGGGGCUGGGCGUGUGAGAAUGUUGUCGCCAUUGAGGUUGUCACGGCCGAUGGGCGGGAGCUCCGCUGCUCCGAGACGGAGAACGCCGACCUCUUUUGGGCCGCGCGCGGCGCCGGACCCGGCUUCCCUGCCAUCGUCACCCGCUUCCACCUCCGCACCCGCCCCCUGACGGGCAUGUUCCAGUCUCUCUACUUUUACUCUCUCGACCGUUUCGAGGAGAUUCUGAACUGGGUGAUCAAGAUCUCCCCAAAAGCCUCCCCAGAACUCGAAAUCGUCCUCCUGGCCCUCACACCACCAGGCCAAACCACCCCGCAAAUCAUGGCAAACUUCCUCUCCUUCUCCGCGAACCCGGAAGCCCUCAUCCCCCUCCACUCCUCCCACCCGUCCCGGCCCCUCGCCACCGUCUUCGCCACCCCGACCUCCCUCCCGCAGCAGUACGUCGACCAGGACGCCUCCAACCCGCCCGCGCACCGCUACAUCUCCGAAAACGCCUACGUCUCCAACGACGCCGACGUGCCCAAGGUCCUCAAGAAGGCGUUCACCGAGCUGCCCACGCCGCAGUCGUUUGCGUUGUAUUUUUCAAUGAACCCUUGCUCUCGGCGCGCGCAGCAGACUGCCGGCGAGACGCCGUCGUCGUCUAACGGAACCAGCAACGGCGCGGUAAAGACCAUGCCCGACAUGGCUCUCAGCAUGCAGUCGGACCACUACUUCGCCCUCUACACAGUCUACCCGGACGCCGAGGACGACGAGCGGUGCCAGGGCUGGGUGAGCGACAUCAUGACUGGCGUGGAGAGGCACGCGGCGGGCUCGUAUCUCGGUGACGCCGACUUCCGGUACCGCAGGACAAAGUUCUGGGGCGACGAGCAGGGCAAGAGGUUGAUGGAGGUGCGCAAGGUGUGGGAUCCCAAGGGGCGGAUCGCGGGGUACUUGGAUACGGAGGAUGAGAGCGGCGUUGAAGGGUUGAGGAAUGAGUUUGAGUGGGCUUGAGUGAGCCUUGUUCUCGGACUCUCUUUUCUUCUUGUUAUUGGUGUUUGUUCUUCUUCUUUUUGCUGAGGCGUCGAGAUGGAUGCAUAUAUACCUGUUGCCGAAAGAUAUCCUGUUCGAAGAUUACAUUUACAUAAAAGGAGGAGGGGCCUAUCAG